UGUGGCACUGCCUCGCGUAUACAGUUUGUACGUGCAUACCUUUUUUUUUUUUUCUCCCUCGCGUGCGUGUGUUUUACGUUUUGUUGCAUUGCGUCGUGCAAAUUAGGUAUACCCAUCGAAGAAUGAAGUUUACGAUGGUACCAGCGGCAGCGACGGUGCUCCUUACUUUUUUCACUUUUCAUGCGCAGUUCAUCGCGUGUAUGCCCACCGAUGCCACCGAGCCGGAUUGGAAUCAGCACUUUGAGUUCUGCGCCGCCGAGGUUGGCCUGCUUGUUGAGGAGACCAAGAGAAGCUUCGCGAUGCCCCACGAGGUGCCGGGGAAUUGUGUCACGGCGUGCAUGUGGAGAAAGACCGGCAUGAUGGGAGAGAACGAGAAAAUCAUCAAGGCGGAGAUGAUAUCGAGCGUGCACUCGGCCUUCAAAGAAAUAGCCAACAUCACCCACAUGAACGAGGACGAUUUUUACACGUGCGUCGACAAUGCCAACAAAUUCGAGGGCGGCUGCAUCGUGGUCUCGGAAUACUUCAAGUGUCUGAUAGAGAUUCUAAUGUCGACGAGCGAAAGUUCGGCGCAAUAAACUAUUGUAAAUUAUAAUUUGAAAAAA